AUGGCCUCUUGUAUCCAUACUAAUGCUGCAGAUCUGAAACCACCGGUAUCUUCCCAGGCUGUCUAUAGAGAAGAUUGCACACAGUGCUUCGAUUCCAUUGAUGACGUUGCCGGUCUGAAUGUUUGCCUCCAUUGCUUCAAUGGUGGAUGUUCGGGAAAUAGGGAUCAUGCGUUGCUUCACUAUAAACGAUUCGGUCACCCUCUGGCUUUGAACAUUCGAAGAACCCCCAAGAAUGUACAGCGCGACGAGCCUCCGCCGAAGAUUUCUAAACUUGCUAUUGCAGCUGAAAAAGAAGAAGAUAGAUAUGACAUUACUACGUCGGUAGUAUGUUAUUCAUGCUCUCAGCAGAAUGUUAACAAAACCACUGGCAAACUACCUAUGGUCAUCGAUGGUGUUAUGAACGCAAUGACUUUCUCGAAAAAGGAAGAAGUCAAAGCCUGGGAGCAAGAGUUUGUUCCUUGCAAUCACACGCUAUGCCUGGCUCAGCAGGACACCAAUCAAACAACGUCCACCGAGUCAAACCAUUGCUCGGAGUGCGACCUGGGUGAAAACCUCUGGCUAUGCUUAGAAUGUGGAAAUAAGGGUUGUGGGCGAAGCCAAUUUGGUGGAAGCAAAGGAAACUCACAUGGGCUUACUCACGCAAACUCAACAUCACACGCUGUGGCUGUCAAACUUGGCUCCAUUACAGCAGAGGGCUCUGCCGAUGUCUACUGUUAUAAGUGCAACGAGGAGAGAGUAGACCCAGACCUGGCCACGCACCUUGCGCACUGGGGGAUCUACCUGGCCGGACGUGAGAAGACAGAGAAGAGUCUGAUGGAGAUGCAGGUUGAGCAUAACCUACAAUGGGAAUUUUCCAUGACAACUGAGGACGGCCGGGAACUCGCUCCAGUCUUUGGGCCUGCCUUUACAGGUUUAGCUAAUCUCGGAAACAGCUGUUACCUCUCCAGUAUCAUGCAAUGCAUCUUUUCAGUAACCGGGUUUAGUGAGCGAUACUAUCAUCCGUCUAAAGAGCCACCACACUGCGAAGCACCAGCGCAGGAUCUUGAGACGCAGUUGCAGAAACUUGCAGAUGGUGUACUUUCAGGCCGGUACUCUCGACCUGAUUCACGGGUUGUGACUUCCGCAGAUAUGCCAGAAGUCGCCCAUCAAAAGGGCUUGGCACCAGCAAUGUUCAAGUAUCUUAUUGGGCAGGGUCAUGAGGAAUUUGCAACCAUGAGACAGCAGGAUGCGUUCGAGUUUCUUCUCCAUUUGUUCAAAUCUGUUAGCCUAUCGAAACACUCCAGUGUGCAGGGAAAUCCGGUACAGCACUUCCGUUUCCAAGUCGAGCAGCGCCUUCAAUGCUUAAGCUGCAAGAAAGUCCGGUAUAAAGUGGAUGAGCAAGAUAAUAUCUCAGUUGCUGUUCCCGCACGUCUCAUCACCACUUCUGGGGAAACAGAAAGAGUAUAUGAAACUGUCAAUUUGUCGGAGUGUCUGGACAUCUUUACUUCGACGGAGAUGGUUGAACUUACGUGUCCUGCUUGUGGCAGCCAAGACGGCUUUUCGAAACGAUCAUCAUUCAAAACAUUGCCUCGUGAAUUGGUAGUCAAUGCUCGUCGGUUUGAGCUGAUCAAUUGGGUACCCACAAAACUUGAUAUCCCCGUACUAGUUGACGAUACGCCGCUAGAUUUCAGCUCCUACCUUGCUGGCGAACAUGAGGCAGGGGAGGAAUACCUUCCAGAGACUGGGGAGUCCACGGUAUUUGCUCCGAAUCCAGAAGCUCUUGAUCAGCUCUUGGGCAUGGGAUUCCCCACUGUGAGGUGUGAGAAGGCAUUACAUGCCACUGGCAACAUGGAUCUAGAGGCUGCCAUGAAUUGGCUUUUUGCCCACAUGGAAGAUCCAGACAUCGAUGAACCUUUGCUCCUUGCUGAUGGAGUCAAAAGCUCUGGUUGUGUUGAGCAGGACCCAGCAAAGGUUUCACUUUUGGGAGAUAUGGGAAUUGAGGCAUCUCAUGCUCAUCGAGCCUUGGCUGCGACUGAUGGCGAUGUCAACAGGGCACUAGAUUGGGUAUUCAGCCAUCCAGACGGUGUGGUGGACGAGGAAAGACCAAGAAUUGACGAACCUGAAGUCCAGCCUCACGAGAAUACAGUUGGAUCCAGCGAGUCGCCUUGUCGGUACGAGUUACGGUCAAUUGUAUGCCAUAAAGGCACAUCUGUUCAUGCAGGACAUUAUGUUGCUUUGGUUCGCAAGACACUCCCUGGGCAAAUUGGCUUAUCGUGGGUGAUGUUCAAUGAUGAGAAGGUGGUUAAGUUUGAGGAUAUCGAAGCGAUGAAACGGACGGCAUAUCUCUACUUCUUCACACGAGUCUAA